AUGGAACCCAGGAGUCCUGGCGCCCAGCCCCGCCCCCGCGGCAACGCACUCGGCCCCACUCUUCUCCCGCCGGGCGGGCUACAACCCGGAGCCCUGGCGCCCAGCCCCUGCUCUGCCCGCUCAGCGCCCAGAACUGCGAUCAGAACCAGGAGUCCCGAGCGCGGGCCGGUGUCCUGCGGGCUCCCCAGGCGGGAGAAAUGCCCCUUUCAGGUGAAGCCUGUUCAAUGGGAGGCUCCCCAAGCCUGCUCUUCGCCCGUCACCUGGAUAGCCCCGGGAGUGCUGCAGGCACAGGUGCCGGAUCGGCCUGCCCUGGGCGAGGAGGGGAGCGGCCUGGCACAGGAGCUGGUGGUCGCUGCGGCUGGCUACCAGGCGCCGGUGGGGUUCGAGGAGGUGGCCGUGUAUUUCUCCCGGGCGGAGUGGGGCCUCCUGGACGAAGGGCAGAGGCAGCUCUACAGGGACGUCAUGCAGGAGAACUACCAGACUCUCAUCUCACUGGGAUUCCCUGUCCCGGCCGUGAUCCCCAGGAUGGAGCGAAGGGAAGAGCCGAGAGUCCCUGAUCUCCAGGGCUCCCAGGAAAGGGAGAACCUGAUGGUCAUUUGCACAGGGAACAAGCCCUGCCUGGAUUCUCCCUCUCUCCCAGUAGGUGCUGGGAUGGAGGAGGAUAAUCCUGAGCAGGAAGGGCCUGCAGGAAGGGAGCCUUGUGGGAUGUCUCGAAGCACCGAGCAGGGAGAGGCCAGCGGGGUUGGACGGCAGCAGGAGACGGAGGCGAUAUCUCCGGAUGAGAUGGACAUCAGGGUGGUGACAGAGCACAACCAAGCCCAGGCUGAGGCACGUCCCUACAGCUGCUCGGACUGUGGGAAGAGCUUCAGCCAGAGCUCCCACCUGGUCCAGCACCAGCGCAUCCACACGGGCCAGAAGCCCUACAAGUGCACCGAGUGCGGGAAGAGCUUUGUCCUCAGAUAUAACCUCAUCGAUCACCAGCGCAUCCACACCGGGGAGCGCCCCUACAAGUGCGGCCAGUGCGGGAAGAGCUUCAUCCGGAGUUCCCACCUCUUCCAGCACCAGCGCAUCCACACGGGCGAGCGGCCCUACCAAUGCACCAAGUGUGGGAAGAGCUUCAAAUGCAACUACACCCUGGUGAAGCAUUACCACACCCAUGCUGCAGAGCAGCCUUGCUUCUGCAGCGAGUGCGGGAAGAGCUUCAGCCUGGGAUCCUUCGCCAAGCACGUCCGCACGCACACGGGCGAAAAGCCCUACACCUGUGCCGAGUGCGGCGAGAGCUUCAUAAGCAGUUCCAACUUGAUCCAGCAUCGGCGCAUCCACACCGGAGAGAAACCCUACAGCUGUGGCCACUGCGGGAAAAGUUUCAGCCAGAGCGCCAAUCUCAUCAAACACCGGCGCAUCCACACCGGAGAGAGACCCUACAGCUGCCCCGAGUGCGGCAAGACCUUCAGCCAGAGCUCGUCGCUCAUGCGGCACCGGCAGAUCCACCGCAGAGACCGGCCUUACGAGUGCACCGAGUGCGGGAAGCGCUUUCGCUGCAACUCAUCCCUGAUGAACCACCAGCGCAUCCACACCGGGGAGCGGCCCUACAAGUGCCCCGAGUGCGGGAAGGGUUUCAUCAAUAGGUCUAGGCUGACCAACCACCGGCGCACCCAUACUGGAGAGCGGCCCUACAAAUGCACCGACUGCGGGAAGGGCUUUGGAGACAGCUCCGCCCUUAUGAAGCACCUGAGGAUGCACACCAAAGAGCGGCCGUACAGUUGCCACCUGUGUGGGAAGAGCUUUGUGAGCAGUUUGCACCUGCUCAGCCAUCAGCAGGUCCACACAGGUGAGCAGCCCUACAGGUGCGAGGAGUGUGGGAAAAGGUUCCUCUGGAACUCCAAGCUGAUCAGCCACCAGAAGACCCACACAGGGGUCAAACUCCAUCGCUGCUCCCAAUGUGGAAAAAGGUUCAGCCAGAGCUCGACUCUGAUGAGACACCAGAAGAUCCACACAGGACAGAAGCCCUACAAGUGUCCCCAUUGCGGGAAGAGCUUCGGUGAGCGGUCCAACCUGCUCACCCAUCAGAAGACCCACCUGGGUUACAGAUCCUACUUCUGCCCUGAGUGUGGACAGAGCUUCAGACAGAGCUCCAACCUGAUCCGGCACCAGCGCAUCCACACUGGGGAGCAGCCUUACAAAUGCUCUGACUGCGGGAAAGGCUUCAACCAGAACUCGGACCUCAUGAAACACUGGAGGAUCCACAUGUCAGAGAGGCCCUAUAGUUGCCCCCAGUGUGGGAAGAGCUUCAGCCAGAGCUCAACCCUGAUUCAGCACCAGAAAACCCACAUAGGAGAGAGACCUCAUAAAUGCCCUAAGUGUGGGAAGAGCUUUAGCCAGAACUCAGCCCUGAUCAAACACCAGAGGAGCCACAUGGGAGAGAGACCCUAUAAAUGCCCCGAGUGCGGGAAGAGCUUUGGUCAGUGCUAAAUUCUCACUCAGCACCAGGAGACCCACACUGGGGAGAGAUCCUAUAAAUGCCCCAUGUGCCAGAGACGGUUCAGCCGGAGCUCCAACUUCAUCGAGCACCAGAGAGUCCACUUGGGCAAGAGACCCUAUAAAUGCCUGGAAUGUGGGAAAUCCUUCAGCCAGAGCUCCCACCUUGUCCAGCAUCAGAGAAUCCACACGGGGGAAAAGCCCUACGCCUGCCCCGAGUGCGGCAAGAGGUACCGGCAGGACUCGCACCUGGCCCAGCACCGGCGCUCCCACACCGGCGAGCGCCCCUACCAGUGCACCGAGUGCGGCAAGGCCUUCGCCCAGAGCUCCAACCUCAUCAUCCACCAGCGCACCCACACGGGCGAGCGCCCCUACACCUGCGGGGAGUGCGGGCGCAGCUUCGGGCACAGCUCGGACCUGGCCCAGCACCGGCGGGUUCACACGGGGGAGAAGCCCUUCCCCUGCCCGCAGUGCGGCAAGCGUUUCGCCCAGAGCUCCAAGGUGGCCCAGCACCAGCGCUUCCACACCGGCGAGCGCCCCUUCGGCUGCCCGGACUGCGGCAAGGCCUUCCGGCUCAGCGCCGACCUGCUGCGGCACCGGCGUGCCCACACCGGCGAGAAGCCCUACGGCUGCGCCCAGUGCGGCAAGCGCUUUGUGGAGAGCUCCCACCUCCUCCGGCACCAGCGCACCCACAUGGGCGAGCGGCCCUACCGCUGCCCGCAGUGCGGCCAGGGCUUCAGCCAGAGCUCCAACCUCGCCCAGCACCAGCGCACCCACCGGGGCGAGCGGCCCUACGUCUGCGGCGACUGCGGCAAGGCCUUUGGCGUCAGCUCGGCGCUGCUGCAGCACCACCGCACCCACACCGGCGAGCGGCCCUACCGCUGCCCCCAGUGCGGCAAGAGCUUCCGCGUCUCCUCCACCUACAACGUCCACCGGCGCACCCACACCGGGCUCAAGCCCUACGCCUGCGCCGACUGCGGCAAGGCCUUCAGCCGCAGCUCUGCCCUGCUCCAGCACCAGAGCACCCACACCGGCGAGCGGCCCUACCGCUGCAGCCACUGCGGGAAGGGCUUCGGGCAGAAGGCGGCCAUGGCCCAGCACCAGAGGACUCACCUGGGCCAGGAGCCGACUGGAGUGAUCCCGCUGGGGGACUGGGGCGCGUCCCAGCUCGGACAGAGCCAGCGGGAGGAGGCGGAGGAGGAGGAGGAGGGUGAUGAGGCAGGAAGCAAGGAGAGCACCGGGCUGGGGUGACUGGGACCAGGGCACCGGGAAGGGAAUAUGUACCUGGCGGGGCAACGAAGGGAAAAGUGGAAGCUGCAGUGGACGCUGAGGGGAUUGGUAGUAGGAGGAUCACUGUGAUGGUUCGAGGCGGCCUGGUUCAAGCUCCCGGGUAGAAGGGGAGGGGACUACGUGUCUGUGGGGAACGGGUGGCAGGGGACAGGAAGGGCCGCACGUGUCUGGGGGGAAUGGGAAGGUCCGUACGUGUCUGGGGGGAACAUAAGAAUAUAAGAACGGCCCUACUGGGUCAGACCAAAGGUCCAUCUAGCCCAGCGUCCUGUCUACCGACAGUGACCAAUGCCAGGUGCCCCAGCGGGAAUGCACAGAACAGGCAAUCAUUGAGUGAUCCAUCCCCUGUCGCUCAUUCCCAGCUUCUGGCAAACAGAGGCUAGGGACACCAUCCCUGUCCAUCUUGGCUAAUAGCCAUUGAUGGACCUGUCCUCCAUGAAUUUAUCUAGUUCUUUUUUGAACCCUGUUAUUGUCUUGAUCUUCACAACAUCAUCUGGCAAGGAGUCCCACAGGUUGACCGUGCAUUGUGUGAAGAAAUACUUCCUUUUGUUUAUUUUAAACCUGCUGCCUAUUAAUUUCAUUUGGUGACCCCUAGCUCUUGUGUUAUGAGAAGUAGUAAACAACGCUUCCUUAUCUACUUUCUCUACACCUGUCAUGAUUUUAUAGACCUCAAUCAUAUCUCCCCUUAGCCGUCUCUUUUCCAAGCUGAAAAGUCCCAGUCUUAUUAAUCUCUCCUCAUAUGGAAUCUGUUCCAAACCCCUAAUAAUUUUUGUUGCCCUUUUCUGAACCUUUUCCAAUUCCAAUAUAUCUUUUUUGAGAUGGGGCGACCACAUCUGCACACAGUAUUCAAGAUGUGGGCUUACCAUGGAUUUAUAUAGAGGCAAUAUGAUAUUUUCUGUCCUGUUAUCUAUCCCUUUCUUAAUGAUUCCCAACGUUCUGUUCGCUUUUUUGACUGCCACUGCACAUUGAGUGGAUGUUUUCAGAGAACUAUCCACAAUGACUCAAUGGUCUCUUUCUUGAGUGGUAACAGCUAAUGUAGACCCCAUCAUUUUAUAUGCAUGGUUGGGAUUGUGCUUUCCAUUGUGCAUUACUUUGCAUUUAUCAACAUUAAAUUUCAUCUGCCAUUUUGUUGCCCA